GGCUGUUGGAGGCGCCGCCAUCCUGAGUGUAACCUACCGGGCUGCCCUGUGGUUCGCGAUUGCGUUUGUUUGUAAUCCUUGCGAAGAUUAGCCGACUCCUUCUGGGAGGAGGCCCCCCUUUUUGAAGGGGAAAUUGACACUAUUUCAUUUGAUUAUGAGGACAAUGCCAGCUUCUGAAUGAUACAAAAAUUCACUCUGAAACAAGACAAGAGGAAAUGACUGUUACAAAACAAAAGAUGAGCAAAAACAAAGAAGAUGCUCCCCAUGAGCUGGAAAGCCAGUUCAUAUUACGCUUACCCCCAGAAUAUGCUUCCACUGUGAGAAGGGCAAUACAGUCGGGAAGUGUUAACCUGAAAGAUAAAUUAACCAUUGAAUUACAUGCAGAUGGACGUCAUGGAAUUGUCAGGGUAGAUCGUGCUCCAUUAGCUGCUAAGGUGGUUGACCUUCCCUGUGUUACUGAAUCCAUGAAAACCAUAGAUAAAAAAACCUUUUACAAGACAGCAGAUAUCUGCCAGAUGCUUGUGUGCAGUGUGGAGGGGGAUCUUUACCCACCUCCAGAAGAACCAGUUGCUACUACUGAUCCAAAAGCAAGUAAGAAGAAAGAUAAAGACAGGGAGAGAAAAUUCAUCUGGAACCAUGGUAUCACUCUGCCACUAAAGAAUGUCAGAAAGAGAAGGUUCCGUAAGACAGCCAAGAAGAAGUAUAUUGAAUCACCAGAUGUGGAAAAAGAAGUAAAAAGGCUUCUAAGUACAGAUGCAGAAGCUGUCAGUACCCGGUGGGAGGUAAUUGCAGAAGAUGAAACAAAGGAAGCAGACAACCAAGUUUCCCUGGCAGGCUUAGAUAUUUCCUCUCCAGGAAUGAGUGGCCAUAAGCAGGGCCAUGGCUCCUCAGAACAUGAUGAGCUUCGAGAGAUAUUUAAUGACAUUAGCAGCAGUAGUGAAGAGGAAGAUGAGAGAGAUCCUCAUGAUGAUGAAGAUAUAAACAUCAUUGACACUGAGGAAGACCUAGAGAGGCAGCUACAAGACAAGCUUGAUGAAUCUGAUGAACAGCGCCAAGAAAACGAGCAAACAAAUCAGAUGGUUAUGGGAAUUCAGAAACAGAUUGAUAUAAUGAAAGGGAAACUCCAGGAGACCCAGGGGAGAGCAAAACGACAGGAAGACCUCAUUAUCAAAGUAGAAAAUCUGGCACUCAAGACUCGUCUUCAGGCUGUGCUGGAUGAGCUCAAACAACAGGAAGAAAGAGAGAAGCAACAGCUUAGUUCCUUGGAGGAACAACUAGAAUCACUCCUGGAAAAAUAAGUCUCUGCCUAUAAAUUCACUACUCACCUCGUACUGGCAAAUGGCUCAUAUUCCAUCCUUUGGCUUGAAGAUUGUUCAUAUGGAAAUUUGACUUUAUUUACAUUUUACCAUUUUUCUGUUGCCUAGUUUGAAUUUAUCCUGUUUCUCUCUCUGUGGCACCCUUAUUUGCUAGCAACUUAUACACUAUUAAGUAAGACAUAGGUGAGAAAAGUUUGAUUGUAUAAGAGUUUUGAGAUCAGUAGACUAAAUUGUAGAUACUUCCUACUUUUAUUCCAAGACUUUCUUUAAAAAUAUUGAGAAAUUAAUAUUGUUUUGUGGUAAGAACCAACUCACCUGUAAAGAUUCAAAGAUAGAUGCUGAAAGCUUGUUUUAUAUACAUUUUAAGUUCUCAACUGUUACAGAGAACUUCUCACACAUAGAAGACCAAAACACAUGUAGUGGUAGAUAACUCCCACAUAAAUAAAAGUGACUAAUAUACAGCUAUUCAUGUUUAUAACAGAAGUGGCUUUCUCCUGAGCAUUUGUCUAUUUUUCUUUGAAUAAUGUUCAGUGGAUUAACAAACAGCUAUUUUUAUAUAUCAUAGAAUCUUUGGAGAAAUUCUUGUUUGCCAACUUUUAGGGCUACAUUUUUCAUUUCCUCAUCACAGUUGAUAAAAAUAUUAUUCUCUUCUGAUGUUAGAUAUAUUUUUGUUUAAAUUCUGACCUACCUUGAAUUUAAACAUAAUAGAGUUCCAAGUUAAUCUUUCAUGCUGUGAUCCAGUUUUUCCAAUUGUAUUAAAGAAUUAUUUCUUUCCCUA